AUGGCCUUUAAGUUCGUCGUUUUCUCCUGCAUCGUGGCUUUUGCCCGUGCAAGUGCACCCGUGGCUGUUGCUGUGGGCGCAGCGGCCCCACUAGUAGCGGCACCGGUGGCGGCACGGCUGGAGGAAUUCGACGCUCUCCCACAGUACAGAUUUGGAUACAACGUAGCGGAUUCUUUAACUGGCGAUUACAAGAGUCAGCAGGAGCAACGUGACGGCGAUUUAGUCCAAGGAUCCUACUCCCUGGUGGACCCUGAUGGUACACGACGUACUGUUGAUUACUCCGCUGACUCAGUGAAUGGAUUUAAUGCGGUAGUACGAAGGGAACCUUUAGUGGCCGCUGGGCCAGCAGUAGUAGCUGAACCAGUAUUGUCCGCACGAUUUGCUGCUCCAGUUGCUGCUGCUCCUGUCGCCGCUGCUCCUUUAGUUGCUGCACCAGUUGCCAGAUACACUGCACCCGUAGCAUACUCCGCUUACACAGCGCCAGCAGCCAGGUUCGCAGCUUACAACGCUCCACUAGCAUACUCAGCUAGACUUACUGCUUAUCCCUCACCGUUCGUGGCACCUGUAGCAAGGCUGACAGCUGCACCUAUUGUUGCUUGA